AUUCCCAACCCCAACCACCGCUUUCGUUUCCUGCGCCUCUACUUCUUCUCUCUCUCUCUCUCUCUCUCUCUACCUUCCCCAACGACCGUAACCCUAACCCUAACGAAUCUUCUCUCCCUCUUGUUUGGUUGGAGACGGGUCCGAAUCCCCGCAACGGCGGAGCCAAUCGCGUGUCGCAAACUAUAGGGUUAGGGUUAGGGUUAGGGUUCGGGAAAUGGAGAUCCCGACCCACGCCCCCACCGCUGCCGUCGCCGCCGCGGACGACUCGGCGGCGAUGUGGGAUUGGGGCAACCUCCUCGACUUCGCCAUCAACGACGGCGACGACCCCUUGAUACUCCCCUGGGCCGGCUCCGACGACGGCCGAUCGCCCCCUUCGCCGCCGCUCGCGGCGGAGCCGCGGAGAGUCGGGAGAAGAGAGGUGAUGCUGAGGAGCAGCGGAAUUGCGACGUUGGCUGCUAUUUUCCACUUCAGUGGAACAAAGCCAAGCUAUCUUGGUGUACAAAAGAGCCCACCAUCUUUGGCGUUGUGCCCUGCAACAAAUAACUGCAUAUCUACGUCAGAGGAGAUAAGUGACCCUAAUCACUAUGCCCCUCCAUGGAAUUACAACCCCGAAGAUGGGGGCAGGAAUAAGCCCAUAAGCAAAGAUGAAGCCAUGGCAGAGCUUAUUCAAGUGGUAACAUCGACAAAGCCAGACAAUUUCACUCCUCGCAUAGUAGAGAAGAAUGGGGACUACCUUCGGGUUGAAUACGAGAGUCCUAUAAUGGGGUUUGUUGACGAUGUCGAGUUCUGGUUCCCACCUGGUAAGAAUUCAAUCGUCGAGUAUCGAUCGGGUUCUCGCUUGGGAAACUUUGACUUCAAUGUCAAUAAAAAGAGAAUUAAGACAUUGAGGAUGGAACUGGAGAAAAAGGGUUGGGCAUCUGAGGGCAACUUUUGAAGAACUUCUAUUCACAAUGAUGCAGAUGCAGGAAACUUCUGCUGGUGCGAAGCGAAAGGGAAAGGAGGAUGGCAUUGAUUUACUGUCAUUCUAUAUCCCCGCAUGAAGAAGAAAAUGCGAGAAAGAAAAGAAAAAACAGAAAGGGAAGAAGGGAUAUAGUAUUCGCUGGCGAGAAAAUGGAGAAAAUGCACCGUCGAUUAGCCGUAGAAUGAAUCUACAUUGCCGAAUUCCGAGAGACGGAUUAUUUGCCCAUUUUUUUGAAUUUUGCAAACGUCUAUCGCCAUUUGAUUCAUCUGUUGCAAAGAGCGGCGGCUCAGUUGCAUUUAGUUUGCUGGAAGAUUUAUCAGUUAAUUGGAUUUCUGUAAUCACCUAAAACUAUUUUGGCACAAUAUUUGUGGAAGCACAUGAUUACAGUACAUGCUACGUUGUUGUCGCAA